CACGAACACCAUCGUGCACCAUGUAAACAAACGCGGGAAGCUUGAGCCAGAGCAUCGUUUUUGGUUAGUAAAGUGUUGAUUGUGGGAUUAUGACACAUGGCUGAUAUUUUGACGCUCGUUUUUCGGACGUUUAUGUCACAAUCCGAUUUAAAGAAGGACGUCAAAGUUAUUACUCCGUCACCAACGACCUGCAGCACCCUGGUGGUCGGAGACCACAGCCUCAGCCGCUCCAUGCUGCUUUUGGCUUCUGUCACAGCUGCCGCGGAGAUGGGCAUAAAAGUGAUGUUCUUUACCCAGACUCAGAUCCAGAGCCUUCCAGUGUCUCUGCAGAGAUGUGUUCCCAACCUGAGCCCAGAAAGUCUAAAGAAAAUCAAGUUUUCCUAUCCCAGGACAGUGGAGGAACUCCUCCAGCAGGUGGCCAGCCUUCAUGAGCCUACCAACACGUCCCCCACACCUCCUUCACUCAUCAUAGUUGACAGACUGGAGAGCUUCCUGUGUGGUCCUGGGGGCAGCAGCCAAAGUGGAUUUCACCCUGGGGAGAAGUCUUGCGCUGCGCACAUUGCUGCGCUGCUGUGUGACACUGCUGCCUUUCUCACGCAAGUCCUGGAACAGCGGGGUUCAAGUUCAGCCCCCUGCCGCAUUAUUGCCUCUUUCUUGUCAGAGGUGAACGCUGGUGGGGAUCCAUCUGCAACAGAUCCUAUCCUUGAUGUACUUGACCGCUAUUUCGAGGUACGCUGUACUCUGGACCAGGACAGCGGCUAUGAAGCUACAGCAGCUGCUGUACAGGAAGUGUGGCACAUUUACCUUUCCGGGAGAGGAAUCACAGACCCUUCUUUUACCGAAGACUGUAACGAAAGGCCAGGUGUAGCCCAAGAGUGGAAGCUCUUCAUUUUUCCUGAUGGUUUAAUGGAGUUUAAGUUGGUCUGAGAGAAAUUUUGUGUAGAGACAGUAGUCACAGCUACAUUACAGUUUCACAGGAUUAGAAAAAGGGGGGGAAAAAGCUCUUCCUUUCAGAUAUCAGGUAAAAGGACCAUAACAGUUGUAGCAGUACAAUAUUUAAUGAGUUUGAAUUUUAAAUGACAUGAAGGUUAAUCAGAAACAUUAACAGUUUUUACAAAGACGUUUAAGGAAUGUGAAUGUCUUAAACUAAACAGUGGUUUUCCAACAUUUUUGGCUGAGAGUCACUUAAUAACAAGACAAAAUGACACAGAGCAAAAAGUCUCUAAAACACAUUGUAAAUUCCAAUAAACACACAGUGUAAUGCUUUUCUGUUUGUCUUUCCUUUAUCAUAAUUUGUGAAACUCGAGACUUCAGUAGCUGAUAUCACAUUGAAAUAAAUUACAAAAUGAAAAAGUUUCUCUUAUUAUGUAUAUUUAAGCAUAAAGAAAUACACAUUGGGGAGUUCCCCCUAGUAAAGAGCUAGAUCCUGUUUGUAGGGGAAAAGACAACUUUAUUAUAGAAAAGCUCUUGCAAACUAACUGUGAAAGCUAGCGAGUUGUCAGUUUUUGCACUAUAAAAUUUGUUUCCUGCCGUAUCACACUUUGCUGGACUAAAAUAAUUUAACAGUGUUGAAAAUCGUGGUUUUAGAGUAACUACAAUUUCAGUUGCUAGAUGUUUUUGAGCAACAAAAUCAAACAAGGAUGUGCAAAAGUAUGGAAAUCAAUUUUUUGGAGUGAUUGAUGAAAAUUGAUAUUAGCUUAAAAUGUCCCCACACACCCUGCAUUAGUAGUGGUUACUAGAUUUCUUUUACUUCAAGAUCCAAGGUUUUCUUGAGAAUGGCAGCAAUUUACAGAUUUGAUCAUCCUCUCAAACAAUUGUGAUAAAAACAGAAAACAAAAACUGUAUUAUUAUGUACAAGUACAGUGAGUUUCACACUUGGAUAUGAUCCAAAAUAUUCAAAAGUUCUUAAAAUUUAAAAAACCUCAAAUGAACAACUGCAAAUAACAUAUUAAAAAUAUAUAUUACUUAUCAAAAGCAAAGCCAAAAUGCAGGAGCAGUAUAGAAAAACUGAGUACACCUGUCACUUAAAGCUCGAGAAACUGAGAUCAAUUCAAUUUUAUUUUUAUAGCGUCAAAUCACAACAAGAUUGUCUCAAGGCCCUUUAUAUUGUGAGGUAAAGACCCUACAAUAAUACAAUGGAGGUUCCAUUAACUGAAAGAGGGCAUGCUUUUUCAUAGCUGCAGAUGGCUGCCAGAUUUGCCAUAAUUAUUUUUUAAAAGACAGAGAGCGUUAUAGGUUUUAGCAAAUGUUAGCCAAGCUAAGUUUAUUUGUAGUUUUGGAAUAAUAUACACUUGAUGCUGAGUAAUCUGAGUUUGAAAAAUAAAAAACACAACAGUUUCACAGUUUCUUUUUCACAGCAGUGAUGAUGAAAAAUUAAGUAACAACAGCUGUGAUGACAAGCUUGUUCUUGCACAAAGCCUUAAUUAAUAUGAUCAUCAAAAACCUGCUCUGCACAGUUUUUACCACGCCUUCAUUCU